GAAUAAUAUGGCACGGGCUCGAAUUCCUCUCUCUGAUUAGCACACAUUGACACACGACAAUUGUCAAAUUUAAGUUUCCCAGCUGCAAAUUUUCUGAAAUUGAUUAAGGUGAAGCCAUGGCAUGUGCAAUCGAGCAAGGAAGGGGAAUAAAGAAGUCAGAUGUUAGCUCAAAACGCUGUUGCUCUCCAAGCUAUAUUUCUGCAGUUGACAUCCUGAGCAGCAGUGAGAUCGUCGAAGUGUCUGCUACUUCUAACGAGGAGAACGUCGCGGUGGCCCUGAACUACUGCAAGUCUCGAGUGGUGGUGCCUUAUUUGAAACUGCUGGCUGCCGUCGGCCUGCGACCUUUGGCCUGCGGCACCAACCGACCCACCUGGUGCAUCACCUCCCUCGGUUUGGUCUUACUGGCCUUGAUGCUUGCUCUUCUCCUCACUGGAUACACUCUUCAGUUCUUAUCCUGCUUCAGGCGCGAUCUCGGACCAUUGAGGGAGAAAAAUAGGAACGAAACCAACGACUGGGUAGACUUUUGUCCGAUGUCCCAAAUGAUUUUCAGUUUCGCCAUUCCCAGCUUCCUCCACCUGUGCACCUACCUGUACAUGCUAUGCAUGUUUAGAGUGAGAGAAGUGGAAAAACUUCCUCACCUUAUGGAAAGGGUUUUCGUCGUUUCGAGCCCUCCAGGCAACCAAAUGCAGCUGAAGAAGCUGACCACCUCGCUGUGGCUCUUGCUGGCGAUCGCGUUCACCUGGCUGGUCAUGUCGAUGGUCACCUUUUCCCUCGCCCUGUGGCUCGAACCGCCCAACUUCCACUGGAUCCCCAUUGAGCGUCCCGUCGCGAUGCGAUUGCUUCUGGCCUCAGGGACAAUUGUGCAGGACGCCGUGCAAUCCAUUCUGGUCUCAGGGUACUGCCUGCAGGCGCACCUACUUACGCUGUUCGCUGCUGCUCUCAGGCAACGCAUCCUCAAGCGCAACAUAUCACUUCUUGAUUGGAUGAGGGAGGUUCGAGAAUUCCUGGAAUUGUUGAGGCAUCUGAACAACUGUCUUGCUCCUGCGGUUUGCGUUCUGGCGCUUCUGAGUUCUUCAUGGGCACUUUCAGGCUUUAUCACGAUCAUCCGUAGACCUGAGUACUCGUCCCGGCUUUUUGUGGCUGCACUGCUCGUCCUGCUUUGGGCCACCCUGGCAACCGCGCCAUUUUUCAUGGCGACAAGGCUGAGCAAAAAUUGCAGCGCACUGCGCGACGUUGGCCACGAGAUUCGAGCAAAACCCUUCCUCUACAUGGAUUCAAGCACAGAAGAACUCGACUCGCUAUUGCUGUUCUCGAGCACCCUUAGGCUCAAGCCCAGAUUGUUUGGAACACCUGUAUCUGGGCAAUAUUUCUGCGUUUUCAUAGCGCUUAUUGCCCUCGCCACACUCGUUGUGGGUCAACUCACUUGAAGUUUACGGUAAUUUUCUAUUAAAGUAGGGGUUGCAUUCAUAAGUUCACAGCAGUUGGCUUGGCACGAUUUGGCCGCAAAAGCUGUA